AUGGCCACCUUUCUGAUCUUCCUCAUACUUGCCCUCGCCGCCGGCAGCAGCAACCACGGAGGAGCAGCGGCUGCCGCCCCCGGCGACCGACCUGACCUUAUCGUCCUGCACAUCCAUGGCAGUAGCCCCCCAAAUGCCUCCGUGGCCUUUCAGACCCACGACCUCUCCUGGGGCGGCCACUGGCAGGCCUUCCCAGGCCUCGGUCACCUGUUCCCGACGUCCACGCCGCUCACGUUCGGCAGCAGCUAUGACGACCUCAUCGGCGGCCUCGCCAACCUGCCGGGCGUGCCGCUGGGGCGGCAGGCCAUGAUCGAGGCCGCCCGGGUGCUCUCCGCCUACGACCCGUCCGCGGCCGCGGUCGCCGACGUCGAGCCAGUCAAGCGCGCGCUGGCAACGCUCAAGGUGAUGCUAAGCGAGACACAGCGGCUGCAGCCCAUCCACGAGACCGUCAGCGGCGGGUGGGAGAGCGAGUCCCGCGUCGCGCCCGAGCACCUGCCCUACAUCGACCACUGGGACACCAUGUCCUACGAGAUCAUCCGCGCCAACCGGACGGGCAAGUGGAACGGGCCCUUCGCCAAGAUGCUGGAGACCCAAGCCAACAUCCGCAGCCAGGAGGAGGCGCUCGCCGUCGUCCGGGUGGUGCUCCAUGCUGACUUCGAGCAGGUGCUCCAGGCUCACGGCACCAAGAUCAACUUCCAGUAA